AUGAAGGAAGGGGAUAGAGUUAGAGGUCUCUCCUGUGACAUAUCACCCCUUCCAAAAUGGCCUUCUGCUUGGUGUCCCCCUGCUCCUGGUUUGCUGAAGCGCAACACAAAUGUUAUUGUUCCUUUGGAAGGAGAUAUUAUUGGUUUGGGAAGUGUUAUUCGGGAUUACCAUGGACAUGUGAUUGAUUGCUACUCUAUUGGGAUCAUGGGUCCUAUGUAUGUGGAUCAUGCGGAGUUGUUGGUUGUCCUAGAAGGCGUUCGCUUUGUUCGGCGUAUGAACUGGAGGGUUUCAGUGAUGAAAAUUAACUCGCUAAAAGUUGUCUCUUUGGUGGACUCUCCUUCUCCUUUUGUUUCCUUGGUUCCUAUUGUAGAUAAAGUUCAUGCUGGUCUGACUGUUACUAGCUGCUCUAAAAUUUUUUAUGUAAGACGUACUGGUAAUGAUGCUGUUCAUUUCCUAGCUAAGUUGGCUGACUAUUUGUCAUCUUGUUUUUGA